CUUCUUCCUUUUUCACACACACUUAACACAAAUAUUUUUCUGAGACUCAAUUAUGUACGCCACUUUAAACAUACCCACUAUUCAACCCCACUUUUUUUCGCCCCAAUCCCCGCCCAAAACCGCCCUUUCCCCAAAGUCACCCCAAUCCCCUCCCCAAAUCGUCCUUUCCCCAAAUUCCACCCGGUAUUCCGGCCGAAACAAGCGAAACCCCUGUCCGUCUGCCGUCUCGUAUGCGGCUGAGGAGUCUACUGCCGUGGGCACGCUCGGAGGAAGCUUGUACGAGGUUCUGAGAGUUCACCCCACGGCCUCCUUGACAGAGAUCAAGAUGGCGUAUCGCAACCUGGCGAAAGUUUACCAUCCCGAUUUAUCAGGGGAACGCACAUCAGAUGGCCGAGAUUUCAUCGAGAUCCAUAACGCUUAUGCCACGCUAUCGGAUCCGGCAGCGAGGGCGGUUUAUGAUCUGUCGUUGGCGGGGAGAAAUAGGAGGAGGUUACAAACGGCGCCGUUUGGUUUUUCGGGUCGUGGUGGAUUUUACCCGACCCGGAGAUGGGAAACGGACCAGUGUUGGUAGCCGGAUUUUUUUUUUUUUUUUUUUUCAUUUGGGGGACCCCACAUUGUUUUUCUUAAUUUGAGGGGUUCAAAUGUUAUUUUUGCAAUGUUGGGGGUGCCGAUGUAAAUAACAUUAUGUACAUAUAAUUGAGUAAAUAUACAUCAUUUCCGGCAUUAAAGUGA